AUGAAAGAGGCGAGCGGCGGACAACAGCCCGGCGAGACGAUUGCCAUUUUCAGCGAGAACGGAGGCGAGGAAUGGCCAGACGAGGUGACAGGAUCUCGUGAGAAUCGACGACAGAUGGGUGCACAACAAAACCAACACCGCCUACAUUUCGCGGCGGAACCUUCUCUCAAUGACGAGUGUACCGUCAUUCAUCUGUCGUACGUCGUUCCUUCUGCACUUGCUCUCCUGCAGAGCAAUCACGUGAAAUUUGAUACGCUCUGCAGCUCCGAGAAGGGCUUCCGAUUCCGAGAAGGCGGAAUGUCGGAUGAUUCGAACUCCUUCUCAGCUUGGGAGAUCCUGCCGGAGGACGAACCUCCGCUGUGCAUCGCAGUUCGACGCCCAAUGUCACCUCCACGCCACUAUGAUGCGGUAAACUGUGUGGAAGGUGCCAACGCGAGCAUGUGGACGGUAAAAGAGUUGAGUUUGGCAAAAAGUAUGUUCUAUCAAUCGGUUAUCCCUAUGUUUCUGUCGAGUUUAUCUAUAAUCGAAGCAGUCACAAAGCAAAUAAUUGCUUUCAACAAGAUAUUCAGUGAAAUUGCUCACACUCUUCCGUACACUGUUUACUUUCUUACUGCAUUUCUACCGGCUAUAUUUCUACGACGUUUUCGUAACGCUAUGAUUCCACAGUUCUUGUGGAGACGCCUGUGUACAGACAAUAAGUUGGCCUUCGUUCACGUGCCACAGGUCAAGGUGUCCGCGCAGUCGUACUACCGAUGA